AUGGAAGGCAACAUAUUUGAAGAAACUGUUGAGGAAAAGAUUUUUGGCGAUUUUAGUUUUGAUCAAUAUCCAUUUUUUACAAAAAACAAAUACGAUGUAGUCGACAUACGACAGUUGACUUGUAAAUUCUUGCACAAAAUAAUAGGUAAAGAAAAACAUGAUCCGGAUAAAUUUGACAAGAUUAUGAUUAAAAUGUCAAAAAUAUUUGAAGCACAUAUUAUUAGCACAAUUGGAAGUAACGAGAACAUAAAUAAUGAUGACGAUAUGGAUAGAUUAGAAGAUCAGAUAAUCGAACAUUUAUCGUUAGAUAUAACUAAAUUAGCAAAAUUAUUUGCUGCAUUCUCUACUGAGAUUAUUAAUUCAGAUAAAUAUGGAAUGAUUGACUUGAGGCCAUAUAAAUUAUCUGGUAUCAAUACAUCAGUAUUAAAUGCCGGAAUAUUUUCUAGAGCUGGUAAUCAAGUUAAACUAUCUCAAAUAAUAAAUUAUUUAGAAGAUCUAAAUACCAAUUUUUUUGAAGAAUAUAAUAAAAGGAUUAAUAAUAAUUUAAUAGACAACAAAACCACACUUUACAUUAUGAUUAAUUCCAUAGCAAGUAACUUGACACCGUUUGGCACUAAUCAUACAACAUUCGAUAAACCAUGGUUAGAUGAAAAUAUUUCAUUUGCUCAAUUGCUUUACCGAAAUUUAGGUGGUAUUGAUAUGGUCAAACAACAUGCAUUCGAUAGGUUUGAUCCUGCCAUUUUACCAACCUUAACAGAAAUGCAUAGAAAUACUAUUAAGUUCAUUCCUUCAGAAGAUAGUAAACUCGUGUUUGAGUUUGAUAAGGAUAAAAAUACAGUGUUAAUCACGAAACUUUACAUACAUCCACAUUGGAUGGAAACUUUGUGGAAUCUUGUAAUGCUUGAGAUGAGAUCAAAAUGUGAACCAAUAGUUGGUACCGUAACUUGCUUUUAUACAGGUGUAAUCAAAACAAAAGAAGAUUUCAAUCUUGCUUAUCAGCUUGGCAUGAUUUAUAGUGGACCAAUGAAUUUUCCACGAUUUCAUGAAAUUAUGUGCAAAAUUUCUGAAGUAAGCCAUUAUAAUUCGACUCUCAAAGGCACUAAUACUGUCAGAAGUCUUGUGUCAACUGUGGAAGCAUUGCAAAACAACACUCUUUUGCAGUUAUAUAUAAUUUCUGGAGGAAAUGUGUGGAUAAGAAUCGUUAAUAUUUCAGCUACUAUUAUUUUGGUACUUACUACGGUACAAACCGUCAUAUCAGUUCUAUCUUAUAAAAUAUCACUAGAGCAAAUGAAUUCAUGUGAAUAA